AACCCAGCGGAAUCAAUUCCUUUGCUCUCUUUUUUUUCUCUCUCUCUCACACACACACCUCAAAAGGACCUCCGCGCCGAGGUUCCAACGCCCACCUCCCAUAUCUCCAUCUCUUCGCCCCUGUUCCCCUGUGACUCCCCAGUUCCCAGAUUUUUGUUUGGCUAAAAAUUUGCUUCACAAAGGAGAAGGAGUUUUAUCUCACGAGACGUGUUCAAUUUCAUUGGACUGAGAGACUUUGCUAGAAUGCUACCAGCCAACCGGAGCAGACCUGGGACUAGGUCUGUCAGACCUUGGUCCUUUUCAGAAAUGGACUACUCCGAUCCAAAACGCAAGCCUCAUUUUCUCAAUAAAAUUCUUGUGGCUGCUGUUCUGACAGUCAUGUGCAUACUUGUGCUGAAACAAACUCCUUGUUAUAGAGAAAUAAGCCCGUUCUCCAUCCACGAACGUGGGGUGACGCAUGUCUUAGUAACAGGAGGUGCUGGCUAUAUAGGCUCACAUGCUGCACUUCGACUAUUAAAGGACUCAUAUCGAGUGACUAUAGUGGAUAAUCUUUCUAGGGGAAAUAUUGGGGCCAUUAAGGUUCUCCAGGAACGAUUCCCAGAGCCUGGAAGACUUCAAUUUAUAUAUGCUGAUCUAGGAGAUGCAAAAGCUGUUAAACAAAUAUUUGCGGAAAAUGCAAUUGAUGCUGUUAUGCACUUUGCAGCUGUGGCUUAUGUGGGUGAAAGCACGCUAGAACCUCUUAGGUACUAUCACAAUAUAACAUCGAAUACUUUGACUGUGCUAGAAGCUAUGGCAGCCUAUGGUGUUAAAACCCUAAUUUACUCUAGUACAUGUGCAACUUAUGGAGAGCCUGAAAAGAUGCCCAUCACAGAAGAAACUCCUCAGUUUCCGAUUAACCCAUAUGGGAAGGCUAAGAAAAUGUCUGAGGACAUCAUUUUGGAUUUCUCAAAGAAAUCAAACAUGGCCGUAAUGAUUUUAAGAUAUUUCAAUGUCAUUGGAUCUGAUCCAGAGGGAAGACUAGGCGAAGCUCCCAGACCUGAAUUGCGAGAGCAUGGACGUAUUUCUGGUGCAUGCUUUGAUGCAGCUUUAGGAAUUAUUCCAGGUCUGAAGGUUAAAGGAACUGACUAUGAAACGCCUGAUGGAACCUGUAUACGAGACUAUAUUGAUGUCACUGAUCUUGUUGAUGCUCAUAUGAAAGCCCUUGACAAGGCAGAACCAAAUAAAGUUGGCAUAUACAAUGUCGGAACAGGAAAAGGUAGAUCAGUAAGAGAGUUUGUGGAAGCAUGCAAGCAAGCAACUGGGGUUGACAUUAAGGUUGAUUACCUUAGCCGCCGUCCCGGCGAUUAUGCUGAAGUUUAUAGUGACCCGUCCAAGAUAAAUCGUGAAUUGAACUGGACAGCAAAACACACAGACCUUCUGGAGAGCCUUGGUGUUGCAUGGAGAUGGCAGAAAGAACAUAGGAAUGGCUAUGGUUCGCCACGGGCUAUGGCUUCCUGAUAUGGCUCUUUGCACCAUCUUUAUUUGUAUCGAAAUUUAUAAGCUCUUCCUUGAUCUAUGGCUCUUUAGUUAGAAGAGUGGUGGUAAUGAGGCGCAUAGAAGGAUUCAUCUAUUUGGUUGUAGGAGCAGUUCAUUUAUUAUUUUUACAUAUGUAACAUGGUGGUAGGAGCUGUUCAUUUCUUAUUUUUACGUGGACAACAAAUUUAAUAAAGAUUGAAGCUGAUGGCCAUCCUCGUA